UUUAUAAUUUUGUUUUCCGGUUUCGUUUCGUUGUUUAUCGUCCUGCUUUUGGUUCGACACUUUGAUCAGGGACUUCUACUCCACAGGUAAGCUAUUUCUAAAGGAAGAGUCUUCUACAGCAGUGAGCCAGUUACAACAGGUUUGAAAAACAUGGCAUCCAGCUGCGAGGAAGAAUACUCGGCUCUUCAAUUUGCUAUUGUGGAAGACAAAAAGGAUUAUGGAAAGUUCAAGAUAGAGAGGAAAGACCUUGGUGAUUUUACAAAACUGGCUUUUAGCGUCACUUUUGAUGAGGCACAAAGCGAGCUGCGAGUUCGGACCAGGAAGGAUAAUGACUUGUAUGGAUUUAAUUACGUCAUUAAAGGAUUAAUUAAAACUUCAAACCUUGAAGGGGGACUAAAGAAGGAGAAGAAGCAGGCAUUCCUGCGGAUAGAAAAGGAUUUGAAAGAUGGAAACUUUAAUCUUUAGUGA